AUGUCACUGGUUUCGUCAGCUCGUCAAGUCGUAAAACACAUUGGAACACGAAAUUUGUAUAAUGAUACAAGGAAGAAUUUGUUGAUUGGAAGAGACACAAAAGUUAUUAUUCAGGUUGGUGAAAUUCUUGGUGGGCUUUGAAAAUUACAAAAGCAUUCUUCUACAGAAAAAUCUGAAAUUGUUGAAAUCUGAAUAUUUUUUAUCUGAAAAUUAGAAGCUUUUGAGAUUUUUGAACUUUGGAAAUCACAAAUAAAAAGAUUCUUUUUUCACAGAAAAUUUUUGAAAACAUGAAAUUUCUCAGCUUUUUCUAUAGAAUUUCGAAGAAAUGUUGAUUUUCUCUAAAAAAAAAUCCCAAUUUUUGCAGGGUUUCACUGGAAAACAAGGAACAUUUCAUGGCAAACAAAUGAUUGAAUAUAACACUCGAGUUGUUGGUGGAGUUUCGCCAAAUAAAGUGAGUUCUCUCAAAAAAAAAAAACCAGAGAAACAAAAAAAAACUAUAAUUUCAGGCCGGACAAACCCAUUUAGGCCUACCGGUUUUCGGGUCAGUUGGAGAGGCGAAAGAAAAAACUGGAGCUGAUGCGACUGUUAUUUAUGUGCCAGCUGCUGGAGCUGCGAGAGCUAUUAAUGAGGCUAUUGAUGCGGAGGUGAGAGGAUUUUGGGAGGAAAAAUGGAAUUUUCAGAAAAUUUGAGCCAGGUUCAUGAUUUUUCGAGGAAAAUUGAUGGAUUUUGAGCUGAAAUUUAUGAUUUUUUAAGAAAAAUUAAUAAAUUUCUGCGAAAAUUCAAUUUUUCUCUGAAAGUUGAGCGAAAUUUUGAUUUUUCGAGGAAAAUUGAUGAAUUUUGAGCUGAAAUUUGUGAUUCUUGAAAAAAAUCAAUACAUUUCUGCGAAAAUUCAAUUUUUCAUUAGAAUUGAGCUAAAUUUUGAAUUUUCCAGGAAAAUUGCAGAAUUUUGAGCUAAAAUUUGUGAUUUUUGAACAAAAAAAUUUAAUAAAUCAUGUUUUCAAUUAAAAUUCUGCGAAAAUUCAAUUUUUUUUGGAAAAUUGAGUGAAAUUUUGAAUUUUCGGGAAAAUUGCAGAAUUUUGAGCUGAAAUUUGUGAUUUUUGAACAAAAAAUUAAUAAAUCAUGUUUUCAAUCAAAAUUCUGAUAAAUUUCUGCGAAAAUUCAAUUUUUUUUGAAAAUUGAGUGAAAUUUUGAAUUUUCGAGGAAAAUUGAUGGAUUUUGAGCUGAAAUUUUUUAUUUUUGAACAAAAAUUUUUAAAAAAAAAUCAUGUUUUCAAUUAAAAUUCUGAUAAAUUUCUGCGAAAAUUCAAUUUUUCUUCAAAAAUUUAGCGAAGUUUUGAGUUUUCUAGGAAAAUUGCAGAAUUUUGAGCUGAAAUUUAUGAUUUUUGAACAAAAAAUUUAAUAAAUCAGGUUUUCAAUUAAAAUUCCGAUAAGUUUCUGCGAAAAUUUCAUUUUUUUUUUGAAAAUUGAGUGAAAUUUUGAAUUUUUGGGGAAAAUUGCAGAAUUUUGAGCUGAAAUUUGUGAUUUUUGAACAAAAAAUUUAAUAAAUCAUGUUUUCAAUUAAAAUUCUGAUAAAUUUCUGCGAAAAGUUCAAUUUUUUUGAAAAUUGAGCGAAAUUUUGAAUUUUUGGGGAAAAUUGCAGAGUUUUGAGCUGAAAUUCAUGAUUUUUGAAUAAAAAUUUUAAUAAAUCAAGUUUUCAAUUAAAAUUCUGAUAAAUUUCUGUGAAAAUUCAAUUUAUUUUUUGAAAAUUGAGCGAAAUUUUGAAUUUUCGGGUAAAUUGCAGAAUUUUGAGCUGAAAUUUAUGAUUUUUGAACAAAAAAUUUAAUAAAUCAGGUUUUCAAUGAAAAUUCUGAAAAAUUUCUGCGAAAACUAAAUUUUUUUCUGAAAAUUGAGUGAAAUUUUGAAUUUUUGAGGAAAAUUGCAGAAUUUUGAGCUGAAAUUUACGAUUUUUGAAAAAAAAAUUAAUAAAUCAUGUUUUCAAUUUAAAUUCUGAUAAAUUUCUGCGGAAAUUCAAUUUUUCUUUGAAAAUUGAGCGAAAUUUUUGAGUUUUCGAGGAAAAUUGCAGAAUUUUGAGCUGAAAUUUGUGAUUUUUGAACAAAAAAUUUAAUAAAUCAUGUUUUCAUUUAAAAUUCUGAUAAAUUUUUGCGAAGAUUCAAUUUUUCUUUGAAAAUUGAGCGAAAUUUUGAAUUUUCGGAGAAAAUUGCAGAAUUUUGAGCAGAAAUUUGUGAUUUUUGAACAAAAAAUUUAAUAAAUCAGGUUUUCAAUUAAAAUUCUGAUAAAUUUUUGCGAAAAUUCAAUUUUUCUUUGAAAAUUGAGCAAAAUUUUUGAGUUUUCGAGGAAAAUUGCAGAAUUUUGACCUGAAAUUUGUGAUUUUCGAACAAAAAAUUAAUGAAUCAUGUUUUCAAUUAAAAUUCUGAUAAAUUUCUGUGAAAAUUCAAUUUUUUUUGAAAAUUGAACGAAAUUUUGAAUUUUCGAGGAAAAUUGAUGGAUUUUGAGCUGAAAUUUAUGAUUUUUGAACCAAAAAUCAUGUUUUCAAUGAAAAUUCUGAAAAAUUUCUGUGAAAAUUCAAUUUUUCUUUGAAAAUUCAAAAUUGAGCGAAAUUUUGAAUUUUCGGGUAAAUUGCAGAAUUUUGAAACUUAUAGAAAACUUCAAAAAUCACAAAAUUCAAUUAUUUUCUUCCAGAUUGGACUUAUUGUUGCCAUCACUGAAGGAAUUCCACAACAAGACAUGGUUCGAGUGAAAAAUCGCAUUUUGAAACAAAGUUGGUGACCUCUAGAAUUGAAUUUUCACAAAAUCUGAAAAAUUUGCAGACAAAUCUCGAUUGUUGGGACCAAAUUGUCCGGGAAUAAUUGCAUCGGGAGAAUGUAAAAUUGGAAUUAUGCCAGGACAUAUUCAUCAAAAAGGAUGUAUUGGUGAGUUUUGACCUGUAGAAUUCAGAAAAAAAAUUGAGAAAAUUCGAAGUUUUCCCCUGUUUCAGGAAUCGUUUCGCGCUCUGGAACGUUGACCUAUGAAGCAGUUCAUCAAACAACAAAAGUCGGACUUGGCCAAACUCGUUGUAUUGGAAUUGGAGGAGAUCCAUUCAAUGGAACCAAUUUUAUCGAUUGUUUGGAAGUGUUUUUGGCUGAUGAAGAGACUAAAGGUGAGACCGGGAUUUUUGGGAGGAAAAUGGCGAUUUUUUGAGCUAGAAAUCAUGAAUUUCUGGUUGAAAAUUCACAAAGUUUUCAGAUUUAUUUUAGAAAAUGAUGGAAAAUUGAUUUUUGAGAUAUUUUCUAACAAAAAUUCCAAUUUUUAAAUCAAAACUCAUCUACAACUUGAAAACCAUUAUUUCUGAUAGUUUAUUCUAGCCAUCUUGAAGUUUUUAGCGAAAAUUUUAAAAUUUGAAAAAUUAUAAUGAAAUUGUUUACAAAAUCGAUCUCAAAAUCUUGAUUUUCAGCUCGAAACUCGAUUUGUGCUUAAAAAUGAUGAAUUUCUGAUAAUUUUGAAAUUUCAGUUGAAAAUUUGGAGAUUUUUGUAUCUAGAAAUCCGAAUUUUGUUGAAAUUUAACUUUUCAAAAAAAGAACCUCUGUAAUUAUUAGUUUUUCUUCAAAAUUCACCCAGAAACUUCGAAAUUCGCACAAUUUUCCCUCUCAGGUAUCAUUUUGAUUGGUGAAAUUGGUGGACAAGCCGAAGAGCAAGCCGCCGAAUUUUUGCGCUCACGAAACAGUGGACCGAACGCGAAGCCGGUUGUCUCGUUUAUUGCCGGAUUAACAGCGCCGCCAGGAAGACGAAUGGGACACGCUGGAGCGAUUAUUGCUGGAGGAAAAGGUUGGGAUUUUUGGGGGCUGAAAAUUUGGGAUUUGGGGCUGAAAUCUGCAAAAUUUUGAGAAUUUUUCACUUUUGAAAACACAAAAUUUGGUCGAAAAUCCCAUCAGAAUGUUGAAUUUUAUUCUUAUUUUUUCCCCCGAAAAAAUACGUUUCUUGAAAAUUAUGAAUUUCGAGUUAUUUUCACUAAUACCUGGUUAAGUUUUUGAGUUGAAAUCUUUUUUGUCAAAGUUUUGAUUUACGAAAAAUCAUUCAAAUAUGUAUCCUUCUCUCUCCGCAGCCUAGAAAACCAAAUUUCAAAAUUCUAGGUCAUUUUAAAAAUUUCCAGGAACCGCUGGCGACAAAAUCGAAGCUCUUCGAAAUGCCAACGUUGUUGUGACUGAUUCUCCAGCCAAACUUGGACUCGAAAUCAAAAAGUUGCUCUAA